AUGGUCACCCCCAGAACUGACCGACCUGUCACUAUCCUAGGUGCUGGUGUCCUCGGCCGCCGCAUUGGGUGCAUCUUCGUUGCAGCAGGCUACAAUGUUCACAUUCGUGAUCCGUCAGCGGAAGCCCUCAACGCCGCAAUUGAUUACAUCGACACACACAAGGAGGAAUACUCACUUCUUCCUCGAAUUACCAAAGGGAAAGAAGACGUGACAUACGCCAAUGGGGUGAAAAGCAAACCUCCUUUCGGCGACUACAAGACAUUCGCCGAUAUCGGGCCUGCCGUCUCCAAUGCGUGGCUCGUUAUCGAAGCUGUUCCUGAGAAGCUCGAUUUGAAGAUCGAAACCUUUGCCGAGGUCGAUGCUAAAUCACCAGCGGACUGUAUUAUCGGGUCGAAUAGCUCGUCAUUUAAGUCCAGCUUAAUGGUGACCAAGGUCUCUGCUGCUCGUCAGCACCGGGUGCUUAAUAUUCACUUUACUAUGCCUCCUGAUAUUCUAACCGUGGAGUUGAUGACAUGUGGUCAGACGGAUUGGGAUGUACUCACUCAUUUGAAGAAUGUACUGGGGGAAUGUGGCACAUUACCUGUGAUAGCUCGACGAGAAUCGACAGGUUUCAUCUUUAAUCGCCUCUGGGCAGCAAUCAAGCGCGAAAUCCUCCACAUCCUGUCCGAAGGCGUCAGCGAUCCUGCAGAAAUUGACUUUCUAUGGGAGUAUAUGUUCAAAAAUGGGCCGUCGCCUUGUCAGCUGAUGGACCAAGUUGGAUUGGAUACCGUUGCCUUCAUUGAGGAGAACUAUAUCAAAGAACGUGGCCUUGAGCGUGAGCCUACGGUUGAUUGGUUAAAGAAAGAAUACCUCGAUCAAGGACGUCUCGGCAACAAGAGUGAUAAGGGUGGAUUAUAUCCGCCAACAAGAUCCGCUUCCGAGACCAACCUGGCUACCAAGAAGGCGAUCUACCUGCUUGACGUUGGCCUUGGUGGCAAUGUGUCCGACGUGUCAAAGUCCAGCACGAAUGGCAAAAUCUUGCGAUUCAAUCAGGCCACCCGCAGAGUCACACCCAUUAUUGAUGGACAGAAUCUGCCUGAUGGGAUAGAUGUGUCCGAGUCCACCCAACGGAUAUUCUGGACAAAUAUGGGACACAGUCCAGCCGCCUGUGACGGAUCAGUCUGGUCUUCGAACACGGACGGUAGUGACAAGAAGUGUCUUGUACCAACAGGAAAGGUGCACACACCAAAGCAGCUUGUGACUUGUGAGGCACGGAAGCAAGUGUACUUCUGUGACCGCGAAGGUCUAGGCGUUCACCGCUGCGACUAUGAUGGCAAGAAUCACGAUAUUCUGGUCCAGCGACAUGCGAAACCCGGCAGCGCCAUGGCAGAUACCAUGACAUCAUGGUGCGUCGGAAUUGCCGUCGAUGCUGAGCGUGGCUUGAUUUAUUGGACUCAGAAGGGGCCUAGCAAAGCAUCCCGCGGCCGCAUCUUCUGCGCGGGUAUCGACAUACCAGCAGGAGAGACGGCAGAGAGCAGAACCGAUAUCAGAUGUCUGAUGGAAGACCUUCCUGAGCCUAUUGAUCUUGAACUUGACCAGGAGACUCAGACACUGUACUGGACAGACCGUGGCGAGCACCCCACUGGAUGUGCAGUUUAUCAUGCCUAUGUUGGUGGGAAAGCUGUGGACAUCCAGAAAACUAUCUUGGCGCGCCACUUUCACGAGCCGAUUGGACUGAAGCUGGAUAAAGAGAAUAACGCUGUUUUUGUCGCUGAUCUUGGAGGAAGUCUGUACUCGGUCUCAUUGAAAGAUGGGCUUAAGACGGAAUUGUUGCGUAAUGACGGAUGCUACACCGGAAUUACCUUGUUUUAG